CAUUGUGACAAUGAUUCAAUCCGAUCUAGUAUCUUCCGGUCCGGUGACUCACGUCACGGUAGUUGAGCUCGAGCUCAGCUGACUGUAGGCUCCAGUGAAGUUAGCUCAGCUUCUUGCUACUGUUGUUGUUGUUUUUGCUGCUGUUGUUGUUGUUAGAAUAGUCUGUGAUGCAGUAGACCCAGUUUACCUUUGUCUGGAAAAUGGAGCGGGGCGAGUCGGACACGGAGGGGGACGAUACACCGCUGCUUCACCGAGGAAACGAAGACAAAGUCCAGAGAGCCCCAGCAUGUUGUUCAUCGCGCUAUGGCCUGGCCCUGCUCUCCUCUUUUGGCUUCUUUGUGGUGUACUCCUUGCGGGUGAACCUCAGUGUGGCCAUGGUGGAUAUGCUUAACAACACCCACCAAUCCAGCACCAACCACAGCAGCUCAGUGUGUCCUGCUCAUGCCAACCCUGCACGGCCCAAACACAACCACACGGCCAGUGUAUACGACUGGGACUCUGAGACACAGGGCUGGAUCCUGGGCUCCUUCUUCUACGGCUACAUCCUGACACAGAUCCCUGGGGGCUACCUGUCUGGCCGCUUUGGACCCAAGUGGCUGAUGGGCUUUGGAAUCCUGGGAACUGUAGUUUUUACGCUGCUCACCCCUGUGGCUGCUGACCUGGGUGCAAGCUACCUCAUCGCUGUCAGGGUGCUGGAAGGGAUAGGAGAGGGAGUAACAUUCCCUGCAAUGUACACCAUGUGGGCAGCGUGGGCCCCACCCCUGGAGAGGAGCCGACUGCUCACAAUUUCCUACAUUGGAGCCCAGCUGGGGACGGUAAUAUCUCUUCCUCUGUCUGGUGAAAUCUGCUUCUACCUGGAUUGGACCUAUGUCUUCUAUGUAUUUGGUGCCGUUGGCCUGGUGUGGUUUUUCUUGUGGGCCUUUCUCGUCUUUGACAGUCCGAACACCCACCCACGGAUAUCUGAGCGGGAGAGACUCUACAUCACCACCUCACUCAAGAAUGAGCUGUCCACUUCAGCAGGCUACAUCCCCUGGCGAGCCAUACUGACGUCCAUGCCGCUGUGGGCCAUCGUCGUGGCUCACUUCUCCUACAACUGGACCUUCUACACCCUCCUCACCCUGCUGCCGACCUACAUGAAUGACGUACUGGGAUUUAGCAUACAGCAGAACGGUAUGCUGUCAGCUCUUCCUUACAUUGGCUGCGCUGUGUUGGCGGUGCUGAGUGGUCAGCUUGCCGAUUACCUGCGGGAAACCUGUCUCUACCCCACCGUCAUCGUCAGGAAGUCCUUCUCCAUUGUUGGUAUGAUCGGGCCGGCGGUGUUCCUGCUGGCAGCAGGAUUUACAGGCUGUAACUACACCUUGGCUGUGUCCUUCCUCACCAUCUCCUCGGCUCUGGGCGGAGUGUCGGCCUCUGGCUUUAACAUCAACCACCUUGACAUUGCUCCUUCGUAUGCUGGUAUUCUCCUGGGAAUCACCAACACCUUUGCCACCAUUCCUGGCAUGGUGGGACCAGUCAUAGCAAGAGGACUCACCAAACAAAACACCAUAGAAGAAUGGCAGACUGUUUUCUACAUCGCUGCUGCCAUCAACCUGUUUGGAGCUGCGUUCUACACUCUGUUUGGUAGAGGAACGGUGCAGCCCUGGGCCGUCCACACAUCCUUCUCUCAUGGAGACUAAGGCAGAAGACGAGCGCCGGACUCGUCAAUUUGAUGAUUCUGAUUCGUCAGAUAGACGGGUCACAAUCACGGGCUUAUUCAACGGUAAUCAGCGAGAGAUGUUUCCAGCUGUGCUAAUAAUUCUUGAAGCGCGGCUAACUAACAGUGAGUAACAGCCAUACAAUAAUACCCUGAAGGAUGUUCCUUACUGUGACUGUGGGCGUUGACCGAUAGUCACAGCAAUGAACUAAGACGUUUGCAAUUUAAGUAAAGUGAAUAUUUCUUGGAGGCAAUUAUUAUUUAGCAGAGCAAAUAAUCACAUUAUGCAUCUCCAAGAAGUGACAGAGGCUGUUAUUUUGAAGAAAAGCACCCUCGUCACUAACUGAAGGAGGGAAUGUAGCCGGUUACUUACUUACUUAUCCCGAACUAGACGCACGCAUUUUGUUAACGUCUUUUUUGAGUGACUGCACAGCACGCACAAAACUUGUUUGCCUUAUAGUGAAGCCUCCUUAAAAUUAUUUGUCUUUGCAAAUGGACCAUUUGUUCUGUAUUUACUUGUCAUAUGGUGCCAUUAAGGGAUUUUAUGUGCACAACAAUAUGUGUUGUCUUUAAGGUUAUGUCCACCAGGCACCUCUUUGUUUGUUUUGUUUACGUAGCAUAUGGAAAGCAUGGGUCGUUAUAUCUUUAAAUCUGUAACACUAAGAUGUUAAGCUGUUGGUGCUCUUGGCACCUUUCUGAUGAAGGGUAAGAAAAAAUGCUUUAAAGAGGUUUCUGGUGGACCUUAUUUUACUCACAGGAUUUGCACUUUGUGUCAAUUCUCAGGUAUCUUAUGUCUUACAAGGAUCGAAAAGGAUAUUUGUUUACUUUUUUCAGAUUGAUUGAUCAACCACAUUGAGGUAUAUGUCCUCAAUUUGUAUGUGUCAACGGAAUUAGAUCCCAUUUUAAAAUGAUUUCCAAUAGCACAGUUUACAACAAAAAAUCUGGUCGUAAUUCUCUUAUCAACUUUUCAUCAAUAUGAUCAGCUGAUUAAAUAUAAUUGUUCCCAUAAUGUUUGCACUGUUUCAGGUCACCUGUAAUACUGAGUAUGGUAUGUACCUUUCCCCUUUACAUAGAGGGGCAAAUCACAAUCAGGCCACAAGGAAAACAUUUAGUCAUGGUUUUAAUUUAUGUCAACAAGUAGCAUCAGCAUCCCAAUUUAAGAUGCAAUGCCUUAUUACAUUAGCUUAAACAGGGUCAGACAAUUCAGGACUGUAGACUCCUUGUUCUCAUAACGGAAUCAUUUUGUUAUUGCUCUUUAUUAUUUAAUUUUAACUGUCUAUAUACACAACGUAUAAACUGACCUUUGUAUGUGUGUGAAUAUAUACACACUGUACUGAGUAAUCAUUGUAAACUUUCAACCUGGAAACAUUCCAGAAAUGUGUCAUAAAUCAUUGUCAUGUAUUGUAAAUACUUCAUCAUAUACAGAUAUGUUCUAAUCUGA